CUCACCCUCCUUGCAAGUAUAUACCACUCCCUUCGCGUGCGGCCCUAGUCUUCGAUUCAGGUCGGCUCAGAUAGAAUUGGAGGUUGCAAUGGCGGCUCAGGGAAGAGGCAGUGCAGCUCUCGUCGCCGGCGCCCUCCUCGUCGCGCUCCUGUCCCAGCUCACCAACACCGCCACCGCCAAGACAACCUACAUUGUGGGCGAUGACGCCGGGUGGACCAAGAACCUCGAGGCCUCGUGGCUCAACGGCAAGACCUUCUACGCCGGCGACGUGCUCGUGUUCAAGUACGACAAGGAGCACCACGACGUGUCGGUGGUGGGCGGCAAGGGGUACCAGCGCUGCCAGCUGCCCAAGCACAGCGACCAUAGCUGGGUGCUGCGCACGGGGAACGAUGCCGUCACCCUGCGCAGGGGCAACAACUACUUCAUCUGCGGCCAGCCGGGGCACUGCCAGAACAACAUGAAGCUCCACGUCAACGCCCUCUAGUGUGUGUAGAGACCCAACUUAAUCUGGCAUCUCCAUCGACCUGUCACUCGUCAGUUUGAGUAACUUAAGUGCCACUCGCGCAUACAAUGAUACAAACCGUGUGUCAUGAUCGAGCAAACUUUGACGUUUCCUCGACGUACGGUAAUAUGAAGUUAGUUAAUAAUUAUGCGCUGUGUUUACUGAAUUAUAUAUGGAUCGAAUGGCUUCUCUCAACUCUCAUACCA